CGAUAGACUCGCGCCUCCCCCUUUCCCGCACUCCGCUUCCAGCACUCAUCUUCACCACUUUCGUCACAGUCAUCAUCCCUAACAAUUAUCAACCACGCAGUGCAGUCGAGUAGCCCAGAGCCAUAGACAUCAUGUCGCUCUUUGAUCUAGGAACACAGCAGGUGGGCGCCAUGGACUUUGAAUCGGCGUACAAGGCUCAGUACAGCAUCUUGCGCUCCCGCAGCACGGCCUCCAAUCCUGGUCAGGGAGGCAACGCUCCGAUGAACCUCGAGGUGGAGAAGCGCGUGAAUUUUCCCGGGCGGCGGGUCAAGGCAAGGCUUACCAUCGACAGUCAGGUGUUCGCAUCGACUCCGCAACCCGCUGCUUUCAAUAUCGAGAUCAUCGGCAAGCUGCAUUCGUGGGCUCGCUCUUCCAGUGGCAAUGGAAGUAGCAACUAUCACACACACACUCAGCCCUUGCUCCACUUAGCCACCUCCGUCAGCAUCGCAGACGAGGGUGCUAGCCGAGCGGGGAGCAUUGCUGCGUCCCGAACUCGGGAUAUGCAGGCCCAUCGCAUGACCUGGGAGCUCACAGCGGUCUUGCCAACACAGUACCAAGACAGGGAUCACCGUUUGCCGCUGCCAUCGACAUUUGAAGGCAAAGAAAGCUCCGCCAUGAAUUUCUCCUUGAUUGAUGGUGUGCUGAAGCCCUACGUCAGCUACUACUGGCGCGUGACUUCUAAGCACUCGAUCCGAGGCGUGUGAGUUGAUUCAGCAGCCUUGUUCAAUUGCCAUCGCGAUGGGC